AGUUGGGGGCGAGGGGGGAACUCCGCUGUGCCACUUCCGACUCGCAGCCUUCCCGCGGCCGGCCGCUGCGGCGGGGUGCCCGCUGGGGACCGCGCUUUCGCUCCGUCGCUCGGCAGCCCGAGCCUGCAGCAGCGGCCAGGCGGCUGUCCCCGCGGCCGGGCUCGGCUUCCGGGAGCGCCCGGCGGCCCCGAGAGCCCCUAGAGCGGACCCUCCCGCGCCCCCGUCCCGGAGCGACAGGAUGGCCGGAGCCGAGGGCUGCUGAGCCGGGGGAGGCGGAGGAGCGCAGCGGACGGGCGGACGCCGCCGAUGUAAGCGCUGUGCAAACACCUCAAACCAGUUCAGAUGUUGCUGUUUCCUCAAGUUGCAGGUCUAUGGAAAUGCAGGAUCUAACCAGCCCGCAUAGCCGUCUGAGUGGUAGUAGUGACUCCCCCAGUGGCCCCAAACUCGAUAACUCUCAUAUAAAUAGUAAUUCCAUGACUCCCAAUGGCACCGAAGUUAAAACAGAGCCAAUGAGCAGCAGUGAAAUAGUUUCAACAACAGCAGACGGGUCUUUAGACAAUUUCUCAGGUUCAGCAAUUGGGAGCAGCAGCUUCAGCCCAAGACCCACUCACCAGUUCUCCCCACCACAGAUCUAUCCUUCCAACAGAGCAUACCCACAUAUUCUCCCUACCCCUUCCUCACAAACUAUGGCUGCAUAUGGGCAAACACAGUUCACCACAGGAAUGCAGCAAGCCACAGCCUACGCUACCUACCCACAGCCGGGACAGCCAUACGGAAUUUCCUCAUAUGGUGCAUUGUGGGCAGGCAUCAAGACUGAAGGUGGAUUGUCACAGCCUCAGUCACCUGGCCAGACAGGCUUUCUCAGCUAUGGCACCAGCUUCGGCACCCCUCAACCUGGACAGGCACCGUACAGCUACCAGAUGCAAGGUAGCAGUUUUACAACAUCAUCAGGAUUAUAUACAGGAAAUAAUUCACUCACAAAUUCCUCUGGAUUUAACAGUUCACAGCAGGACUAUCCGUCUUACCCCAGUUUCGGCCAGGGCCAGUACGCACAGUAUUAUAACAGCUCACCGUAUCCAGCGCAUUACAUGACGAGCAGCAACACCAGCCCCACCACACCUUCGACAAAUGCCACCUACCAGCUUCAAGAACCUCCAUCUGGCAUCACCAGCCAGGCAGUUACAGAUCCCGCAGCAGAAUACAGUACCAUCCACAGCCCGUCAACACCCAUUAAAGAUUCGGACUCUGAGCGAUUACGUCGAGGUUCUGAUGGGAAAUCACGUGGACGAGGCCGAAGAAACAAUAAUCCUUCACCUCCCCCAGAUUCUGAUCUUGAGAGGGUGUUCAUCUGGGACUUAGACGAGACAAUUAUCGUUUUCCAUUCCUUGCUUACUGGGUCCUACGCAAACAGAUAUGGAAGGGAUCCGCCUACUUCAGUUUCCCUUGGACUGCGAAUGGAAGAAAUGAUUUUCAACUUGGCAGACACACAUCUAUUUUUUAAUGACUUAGAAGAAUGUGACCAAGUUCAUAUAGAUGAUGUCUCUUCAGAUGAUAAUGGGCAAGACCUAAGCACAUAUAACUUUGGAACAGAUGGCUUCCCUGCUGCAGCCACCAGCGCUAAUUUAUGCUUGGCGACCGGCGUGCGCGGCGGUGUGGACUGGAUGAGAAAGUUGGCUUUCCGCUACCGACGAGUAAAAGAGAUCUACAACACCUACAAAAAUAAUGUUGGAGGUCUGCUCGGUCCAGCCAAGAGGGAGGCCUGGCUGCAACUGAGGGCCGAGAUCGAAGCCCUGACGGACUCCUGGUUGACAUUGGCCCUGAAAGCCCUCACACUCAUUCACUCCAGGACAAACUGUGUGAAUAUUUUAGUAACAACGACUCAGCUUAUCCCAGCAUUGGCGAAAGUCCUGCUGUAUGGAUUAGGAAUUGUAUUCCCUAUAGAAAAUAUUUACAGUGCAACUAAAAUAGGAAAGGAAAGCUGUUUCGAGAGGAUAAUUCAAAGGUUUGGAAGAAAAGUGGUGUAUGUCGUCAUAGGCGAUGGCGUGGAAGAGGAACAAGGAGCGAAGAAGCACGCCAUGCCCUUCUGGAGGAUCUCCAGCCACUCGGACCUCAUGGCCCUCCAUCACGCCUUGGAACUGGAGUACCUGUAACCGCCACAUAGCACUUUGAAACCGCGUAACUGCCCUGUGACCAGGAAUGAACGAACCCAGCAGGCCUGAGUCUAUGUCGGUGCCGGACUAGCGAACGUACCCAUUUCAGCGUGGUGACGCCCAGCUGCUGCCGGCCUUCACCUCUGCCCUCGUGGUAAAUGAAGGCCCACGCACGUCUAUUUCUUCAAACAGCUGUUGCCUCGAGUACUGUGAAUCCAAUGAAAAGAAGCCAUGAGAAUGUUCUAGUACAAUGUAAUGUGUCUUCGCCACAUUAACUGCAUGGUUAACUACAUGGUUCAAACCUGUGAAGAAAGGACCUGCAGACGCCUGAGUCUUUAGCAUCUUCAAUGUGACAUAAACAGCUUCUCCAAUACAGCAACUUGAUUGCACAAUGAAGACGGAAAUGUUUCCUGAACACCAGUGGGGGAUGUUCUUACAAAGAAGGUUUACUUUUCGGUGUCUCAUACCCAGGGUAAUCUGCACACCUCUACUUAUUUAUGAACAGACUUUUUAAAAAACAGCUUUAUUGAGGUAUAAUCCGAGUACCAUUCAGUUCCCUCGAACAGACUUUGUGGGCAUCCAGUAAUUGAAGAGACUAUGAAUAGCCUAAGAAAUAAGCGAUUAAAGGCCUUGGCCUCAUGACACAGCAAGGACUUUGAAUUUUAGCACAUUGCAAAGUAGUUUAAAGUAUGUCUAAUUUAAACGUAUAAUAUGUACAUCACUGAGACAAUCAUGUACAGAAAGAAUUUUUGGUGUAAAUUUGUAAUAAUGGAUGAUUCUUUUACAUAUUGUUUAGAAAAUAUUGAAAGGCAGCAAUGCCUUGAUAGAAGUAUGAGGCAGUACAUGCACAGAUUCGUGUGCAGGGCCUUAGCAAAGUGUACUGGGUAUAAAUAUGUAGAUAAUAGGUUUUUGUUUGUUUUUUUUAGAUAAUGUUGUCAAGACCAAAAGCAUGGAUGUCAAGUGUCAAUAGGAUUUCAUUUUCCACAUCUCCCCUCCCCCAAUCAGUUCAUUGUUUUGUGUGUGCUGUGAGGAAGGCCUUGGUAAAAUAAUACAGCAGUGUCUUUAAUCGUUUGAAUAAAAAAUCCUCUUAGAACCUCACUUUUUCAUUUUCAAAGACUAAUGUAUUAUAUGUAAGUACUCGGAAAAAAUGAUUAUUCAAAUGCUUCUUCCCACAUAAAAUAUGUGGAUGAUAGAUAUAUUUUAUUAAUGAAAUGGUUCAUGAAUUGGAGACUAGCAAAGUUUUCAUGUGCUUAGAUGAUCAUGUCUGCAUUUCCUUGUUUAGAUAAAGGAGGACAUCACCAUACAUCUGGAAAUUAGCAAAACUUUGCAUUACUGUCUACAUUCAUGUUCCCUCUGCUUUCCUACUCUCCACCCACCCUCCCAGGAAAGUUCAUUGCUGGCAGUGGACGUGGCAGUCAUCACCACCAAGAAAUAAUAUUUCUUUUCACCUGUCUUACAUAUUACACAACAAAUCUGGGAAAUUAAAAUUGUCAUCUUUGUUGUACCAUACAAAAUGUUUCUCCAAAAGGGAUUACUUUGAGCACUAGUUCCUUUUAUCUAUAAAGCCGUCUGUUGUCAUGAAAUUACUUUUUGGAUGAAUUUCCUUUAAUAUUAUAUUGGGUGGGGUAAACACCAGCUAAGACCCAAAGUAGCUAAAGAGCUACCCUCUCCCUUUCUUCAUGUUGCUGCUAGAAUUAGUCAGUUGAAAAUUCUCCAAAUUAUUUAACAAUUGUUUGGGGUUGUUUUUUGGUUGUUUGUUUUUUGCUUGGAGCAAACAGAAUUUGACAGUUUUUCAUCUUUUCAUUUUAUGUUUUUGUACUCCGCAGAUUGAAAAGACAAAGUUUAUCUCGGCCUUAUUGUAUAAAGGUGUGUUGUGUCCACAGUUGUGUACAGAAUUCUUCUUCAUUAAUUUUGUGUUUAAAUUAAUAAAAUUGA